UAUUUCAAAAUGGUACAAAACAGUUUAAAUUAUUUUUACGUUAACAUACGCGAUGAUUAAAUGGAAUCUUCGCAGCCAACGCCCAUCAUUAAAGAUAUUGGCACAAAUAGAAAAUCAAAGCAGCAUGAGAAAAAAUCUAGACAUAAUCCUCUUAGGAUUUUAAUAAUUGAGCCUAGUGGAAGGUAUUGUAGAAGUGUAUGGUGUGCUAUUGGUUUGGGUCUUGUUCACAUUUUAAUUGGUGCCACAAAUAUGUCAGUUUUAAUAUAUGCUAUGAUGAAAGGAGAUACACAUGCCGCCUUGUGUGCUAUUGCUUAUCAUUUUUUCUCAGCGGAAGCAAUAUUGAGUCUUAACUACGCAAAUGGCUGGUCAACACCAAUGAGAUUAAGACAUAGAAGGCUUGCACACACAUUACUCCAAAUGUGUGCUAUGGCUUUGGCAAUUACUGGUACAUUGCUGAUAACUGUUGACAAAGGACUAUCUUCCAGCCCUCAUGGAUUAACAGGUACUACCUGA